GAGCAGUAUAAAUACAGUCCCCAGUGCCUCGGCCAAUCAGUUGCACCCGGAAGUGAGAACAAAACGUAAUCCACAAUGAAAUAUUUUAUUCUACUGCUAGCAGCUGUGCUACUUGCUCAGGCAGAAGGCGAAUGGAAAGUUAAAACUGUCGACGAGUUCAACGAUAUGCGCAGAGAUUGCCACAAGGAGAUUCCUUUUAGUGAAGAAUUGCAGAAGAAGGAGGAGGUAUUACGUUUCCCAGACGAAGAGGUAGUUCGAAAAUAUUUACUAUGUAUUGCCAAGACAUGGGAAGUCUUCGACGAGGAAAACGGUUUCAAUAUGGACCGCCUAAUAGUGGAAUUCGAAUUAUUAUUAAACAGAGACGAGGUCUUGCCAAUAGCAAAGAGGUGUGUGGAUAAGAACGAACAGGGCAGCAGUCCUGAUGUGUGGGUCUAUCGCGUCCAACAGUGUGUUGGUAAAACUAAACUGGGACCUCUAUUUCUGGAGGCUUUAGGAAAACUCAGCAAAUGAAUGCUGCGCUUGUAUGAUUAAUUGUGCUUACUUUUUUAUAUUCUUAUCGUAUUGUCAAGGAAUAAAGCAAUUUGAAUUAAUAUC